AUGGCACUUAAAUCCAUUAAUAAACAAUUGCACAAUAUGAUAAGAGAUCCACUUCCACUUAUUAGUGCCGGUCCUGUUGGAGAUGAUCUUUUACAUUGGAAAGCAACAAUUAUGGGUCCUCUUGAUUCUCCAUAUGAAGGUGGUGUAUUUUUCCUUGAUAUUCAAAUUCCAACAGAUUAUCCAUUUAAACCACCAAGGAUUAUGUUUACAACAAAAAUCUAUCAUCCAAAUAUCGAUAGUAAUGGAAAUAUAGACUUGGAUAUUUUAAGACAACAUUGGUCGCCAGGACUUUCUAUCUCAAAAUUACUCUUGUCGAUUUGUUCAUUCUUGACCGAUCCAAAUCCAGAUUGUGGUUCACUCGAAAUAUCAAAUCUAUACAAGAAUGAUCGUGCUCGUUAUGAAGCUACUGUCAGGGAAUGGACUCGUAAAUAUGCUAUGGGUGAUUAUAUGACCUUUAAUUAA